CCUCCCUCCGCUCCCGGCAUUCCCCGCGCCCGCUCGGCUGGCCUCGGCUCCGCUCGGCUCGGCUGGGCUCCGCGGCUGCACUCGCACCAUGGCCGCCUACAGCAAGUACCUCACCGUGCGCCACUCCGCCAUCGCCGGGGCCACCGCCGCCGCCUGCGCCCUCCUCUGCCUGCUCAACAAGCGGCGGGCGGCGGCCCAGCACGGGAAAAGAACUGGAAAACAAGCAUUGCAGAACAGUGAGCAGAAAGAGGGAAAGAAGGAGCGAGCAGUAGUAGAUAGAGUGUUUCUUGCAAGAAUAUGUCGAAUCCUGAAAAUAAUGGUCCCUAGAACACUUUGUAAAGAGACAGGUUAUUUGCUGCUUAUUGCUGUGAUGCUGGUAGUCCGCACAUACUGUGAUAUUUGGAUGAUUCAAAAUGGAACAGUCAUUGAAAGUGCUAUCAUUGGCCGCAGCAGAAAAGAUUUCAAGAAAUACUUGUUCAACUUCAUCGCUGCGAUGCCUGCUAUCUCUUUAGUGAAUAACUUCCUGAAGUAUGGUCUAAAUGAAUUGAAACUUUGCUUCCGAGUAAGACUUACCAGAUACCUCUAUGAGGAAUAUCUUAAAGCUUAUACAUACUACAAAAUGGGAAAUCUGGACAACAGAAUAGCUAAUCCAGAUCAACUCCUUACACAGGAUGUGGAAAAAUUCUGCAACAGCGUAGUGGACCUGUAUUCAAACCUUAGCAAGCCCUUCUUAGAUAUAGUUUUGUACAUCUUCAAGCUAACAAGUGCAAUAGGAGCUCAGGGUCCAGCUAGCAUGAUGGCGUACUUGAUUAUUUCAGGGUUUUUCCUUACACGUUUAAGGAGACCAAUUGGCAAGAUGACUGUUAUAGAACAAAAAUAUGAAGGGGAGUACAGAUACGUCAACUCACGGCUUAUUACAAACAGUGAAGAAAUUGCUUUCUAUAAUGGAAACCUGAGAGAAAAACAGACUAUUCACAAAACCUUCCGUAAACUGGUGGAACACUUGCAUAAUUUCAUCCUGUUCCGGUUCUCUAUGGGUUUCAUUGAUACUAUCAUUGCCAAAUACCUUGCCACUGUGGUUGGUUACCUGGUUGUUAGUCGUCCGUUUUUGAACCUGGCUGAUCCUCGUCAUCAGAAUAGUACUCAUGCAGAACUUUUGGAGGAUUACUACCAAAGUGGGAGAAUGUUACUGAGAAUGUCUCAAGCUUUGGGCAGAAUAGUUCUAGCAGGCCGUGAAAUGACAAGAUUGGCUGGUUUCACAGCUCGAAUUACAGAACUAAUGCAGGUUCUGAAGGACUUGAAUAGUGGCAAAUAUCAGCGCACUAUGGUAUCGCAAGAAAAAGAUGCAGAUAAAAAACAAGCUUUGCCUUUGAUACCUGGAUCUGGAGAAAUCAUCAACACUGAUAACCUUAUCAAGUUUGAUCAUGUUCCAUUGGUGACACCUAAUGGAGAUGUUUUGAUUCAAGACCUUAACUUUGAGGUUCGAUCUGGUGCAAAUGUUCUGAUUUGUGGGCCAAAUGGCUGUGGGAAGAGUUCACUCUUUCGUGUUCUUGGUGAGUUAUGGCCUCUCUUUGGUGGGCGUUUAACAAAACCUGUAAGAGGAAAGUUGUUCUAUGUUCCCCAGAGACCCUAUAUGACACUUGGAACGCUCAGAGAUCAAGUUAUAUAUCCAGAUACUUUAGAAGAUCAGAGAAAGAAAGGAAUUUCUGACCAGGUGCUGAAGGAGUACUUGGAUAAUGUCCAGCUGGGUCAAAUCUUGGAACGUGAAGGAGGCUGGGAUAGUGUUCAGGAUUGGAUGGAUGUGCUCAGCGGGGGAGAAAAACAGAGAAUGGCAAUGGCAAGGUUAUUUUAUCAUAAGCCCCAGUUUGCAAUUCUGGAUGAAUGCACCAGUGCUGUUAGCGUUGAUGUAGAAGGCUACAUUUACAGCCACUGCCGAAGGGUUGGCAUCACUCUCUUCACUGUCUCCCACAGAAAGUCACUCUGGAAACAUCAUGAUUUUUACUUGCAUAUGGAUGGCAGAGGAAACUACGAGUUCAAGAAAAUAACUGAAGACACAGUUGAAUUUGGGUCUUAAAGUCAUUAACUGAACUGCUUUAGAGACUGGUGAUUACAGGAAGUGUGUAGAAUGACAGAUGUUGUACAAUAAAACUACUCGGCUUGUUUUUUUAACAAAUUAACUAGGAUAACCCAAAACAAGCUGUUAAGCGUUUACUAUUAUGUAGGAUAUUGCUAAUUGUGUAUAUGUUGGUUUAAUUAUUGAUAUGUACUAAGAAUGUCCUUAUUCUUGUGGUUUAAAAACCUGCCUAAAUUAAAUUGGGCUUAAAUCAGUGUAACCUGA